ACCACAACCAUGUCUUCAGGUUACGGCGUCAUCGGCCUCGGCAUCAUUGGCUAUGGCAUGGCCAGCAACUUGCGCAAGAAGCUUCCAUCCUCAACUACACUUUACGUUUACGACAUCAACCAGGAGGUGAUCCAGCGUCUUAUAACCGAAUAUGGCAGCUACGGAAAGAUUGAAGCCGCCUCCUCGCCUAAGGAUCUAGCUUCUAAAGUCGGAACGCUGCUCUCAAGUCUACCUGCCGGAGCCCACGUGCGCAAAGUAUAUUUAGACGCCGAGAAUGGUGUAAUCGCAGCCGCCAAAAGCUCAGUCCGACUUUGUAUCGACUGCAGCACGAUUGAGAUUGAAUCAACCCAGGAAAUCGGAAAGACCAUCAUCGACGCUGGGGUGGGUGGCUUUGUCGACGCCACUGUCUCGGGCGGAAUGUGGGGGGCGAACGCAGGGACCCUGUCCUUUAUGGUUGGCCACGCAGAGCCUACCGAGACAGACGCGGUAGGCAAGCGCAUCUAUGAGACCUUGUCCCUAGUCGGGGUACCCAGCACAAUCGCCUUCUGCGGAGGUCUUGGUAUGGGACAAGUGGCGAAGAUUGCCCAUAAUUAUAUUACCCUGGGGAACAACCUGGUCGCAACAGAGGGCAUGGCCAUCGGGCUGAAAUACGGAAUCAACAAGAAUGCUCUCUUUAAAUGUAUCAGAGAAGGUACGGCCAAUUCCUGGGUUAUGGGUCUGGAGCAGCCAAUUCCUGGCCUUGUGCCUGAUGCACCCUCCAGCAAUGGCUACAAAAGGGCGUUCGGACCUGAAUUGAGUGUCAAAGACCUGACUAUUGGGAUUGAGUCGGCCAAGAAGGUUGGAAUCAAUCCCACCGCGGGCGAAGCUGCUGUGAAGGCGUUCCGAGAGGUCGAAGCAGAUCCGCGAACCCACGAUCUCGAUCACACAUCGCUUUGGCUACAUGUCUACGGCAAUCUGGAUGAAUGGGCCAAGGAGCAUGUUCAACAGUAGAGUGCCGCAAGAGAUGGCACUAAGUUGGAAUAUACGAAACGGAUAUGCGUGUUGGUUUAGAUGGAGGAUACUGCAGUAUUGCUGCUAGGUAUAUAUACAUAAUAGUAGUUGCCUGCCAGGGUAACUGGCAUUCACAUCAUG